ACAGGUGGUGACUCGUCAGAGUCAGAAGAAAUUGAAAUUGAUACAUGAAAAAACAUGUUUAUAGCAUACUAGCUCAGAGGAAAAGAAAGAACCUCCCCCACCCAAGCACACAAAACACAGACAAUAACAUACCCAAGCGUACAAAAACACAGACAAUAACAUAUAAACAGAAAGAAAGAGGCAGGACCCUGGGUGCCCAGCCUUGAGAACCGGGGCGGUAGGUUAAAGAGUCUUUUAUGGGCCCAACUCUCCCUACACACCCAGUGUCCCAACCUCCCUUACACAUAGUUAUAAAAUAAAU